AUGUUUAACAUUUCUUACGCCAAACGAAACGCUAAAUAUUUAUUUAAAUUGCUAGCCUGGUGUAUGAUGAUCGAGGAAGCUGGACCUAACAUCGGUAACAAGCAAAAAGUAGUUCUCCAACUUAGCAAAAUGCUAAUAAUGUAUAUCAUUCUCCAUAUAAACGCUGCGUUUUGGACAUGGAGGGGAUACUUAAAACGCUGCGUUUUACACUUUGUUUUCCCGCGUAUAUUUCUCCCUUUAUUAUCGGAUAGCCCAACAAUCACACAGGCGAAGAAACCUAGCUAUUGCUUCGCCAUGGACGUCGGAGGAGAAGACAUAAGCGAUCUCCAGGUAGACCAAAUCGUUGAAGAAUAUUCUAUGGACGAUCUCAUUAGAGACCGAUUCAGACUCUCCGCGAUCUCUAUCGCCGAAGCCGAGGCGAAGAAAAAUGGAAUGGAAAUAGGUGGACCUGUUGUGGCAUGUGUGGCAGAUUUAGCCUUCAAAUAUGCAGAAAACGUUGCAAAGGAUCUUGAACUAUUCGCUCAUCAUGCUGGACGCAAAGUUGUGAACAUGGACGAUGUUGUUCUCUCCGCGCAUAGAAACGAUAACUUAGCAGCAUCUUUGAGGUCACUAUGCAAUGAGCUAAAGGCAAAGGAGCCACAAUCUGAGAGGAAACGCAAGAAAGGAUCAGCCAAGAAAGAAGACAAAGCCAGUAGUAGCAAUGCCGUUCGCAUCACGACCGAUCUGUAACUCUUCAAGCAGAGUGUAAAUACACGCACUCCUCUAUAUAUAUAUAUAAACAUUAACUUUGAUGGAGAAGCUGUUAUUAAAUUUUUGUGGAAAAUUUUAUAUAGAAGACUUUUGCAUUAACCUACUUACUUUAACGUUUAAAUGACUAUAUCCAAUCAGAAAAU